GCUUUAGUUUCAUGCGAUCUAUUGUAUUAGAAAUGGCUGUUACUAUAGGAAAAUAACCUAAACUUGUCAAAUCGCCUAUAACUUUUUUGAAAUAUUUUGUAUUAUAGAUUUUAAAUUAUUUAUCUAAUUUUACGUAUAUAUUAUACGAUUUAAUUAAAACAUUUAUUAAUAAAAUUAAAAAAAUAAAGUUAUAAAGUUUACAAUAAGAAAUUUAUACUUAUUCUUGGAAGCAAUUAUAUUUAAUUGAAAAUGAAUAUUUUACCGAAGAAAAGAUGGCAUGUACGUACUAAGGAAAAUAUUGCUCGCGUACGGCGGGAUGAAGCAAAAGCUGCAGAAGAAGAAAAAAUUAAACAAGAACGAGCUGAAAAAGCAGAAGCUGAAGCUAGAAUUAAUCAUUUGAGAGAAAAAGCUAGAUCAAAAUAUGAUGGACGAACAGAAGCAAUAAAAAGUGCAACAACAAAUGCCUCUUCUUCAAAAUGGAAUCAUGUUAAUUUUUUUGCUGAAUUAGAAGAAGGAAAACUUGAUUAUAAUAAACCUAAUGUUGAACAUGAAAGAGAAAAAAAAGAAGAGAAAGAAAAAUAUGAAAAACAAAUUGGUUAUCUUACAUAUCUUGGACAAGAUACUAAUGAAGCAACAGGUAAAAAAUGUUGGUAUGAAGAAUUACCUAAAAGAUUAAAAGACACUGAGAAAGAUGUAGAAGUACAAAUUAAAAAAAAAUUAUUGGAUGAUCCUAUUCAUGAUAUCCAAAAAUAUUUGAACAUUAUGGGAAGUACUUCUAUAGAAAAAUCUUCAAAAAUUAAAUCAGAAUCUGUUAAAAGAAAAAAUAAUAAUCUAGAUGAAUAUGAUUCAGAUCAUAAAACAUAUUUAAAAAAACACAAACAUAAAAAAUCUAAAAAACAUAAGAAAGAAAAAUAUAGAAAUAAAGAAAAACAAACAGCAGAAAAACCAAAUAUAGAUAUACAAAAAUUGAGAGAAGAAAGAUUGUUAAGAGAACAGAGUGAAAAAUUAAGAACAGAAGCUUUAUUGGCUAAAUUAAGAGGAGAUCCAGUUCCAACAAUAACUCCAAAAACUCCCCCUAAAUCUACUAUUAAACAAAAAUAUAAUUCACAAUUCUUUCCUGAAAUUGCUAGACAAAAUGCUGAAAGAACCCCUAAUAUGCAUCUAAUGAGAGAACAAUAAAAUGUAAGUUGGUUUUUAUUAUUAUAAUUAUGGACUAAAUAUUUUUAUGUUGAAAUUGUUAUUUAUUUUUUAUUACAAUUAUGUAAAUAUCAAUAUACAAUUACAUAUAUACAUAUAUAUAUAUAUAUAUAUACAGAUAUAACUUACAUAGAAUUUUUGUCCAAUUGUUGAUACUAACAAUAAAAUAAUAAUAAUUCAGUUGUUAAAUAAGAUAUAAUUCAUUAUGGAAUAUCCCAAAAGUAUUUUUAUUUUAUAAAAUGCAAUAAAAUACAAAUAAAAAAGGAAAGAUA